AUAUUUUUACCUGUAAUGUUUACUGUAUCUGUCAAGUGAUUUCCUACAAUAAGUAAUAUAUAUAGAACUUGACAAAUUUUAUUAAUAUACAAAAAUAAGAAAUAUUGAAAUUUACCAAACAAUGAAAGUAUAGAUCUAUAUAUAUAUAUGUACAAGUACUGAAUAGAAAAUAAAUUUUUAUUUACUUGUGACUAAAAAAGCUUAUAAAAUGACAUUAGAAGAUGUACAAAAUGCAGCAAGAAAAGCAGUACAGUUCGAUAGUAACAAUCAAUACAAACAAGCUUUAUAUUAUUAUAACAUUGCUGUGAAAUACCUUACUGAGUUGCAAGAUCCUGUGUAUGAUCAGAAACUUUCAGAAUAUCAGGAAAGACUAUCAGUAAUAAAGAAACUUAUUAGCGAAGAAGAGCAGAAAUCUUGUAAAGCUCAGUCUGUACAUCAGUCAGAGUUGCAAAGAUGUAAAUUUCUUAUAAAUCAAGCACAAGAUGCGGAUGAAGCUGGUUUGAAAGAUAUUGCUGUAAAAUUAUAUACAGAUGCUGCUGAAUUUGGACUUAGUGUAAAAACUACUGAUUCAGAAGCUAAAGGAAAAUUAACUGCUCUUGUAAGACUUGCUCUUGAUAGAGCUGAAUCUUUAAAGGGUGUGAAAAAACAAGAGAAUGUUGACAUUUUUGAAACACUUUCUAAAUUACCACCAGUGCCAGAAACAAGUUUGGAUGAAGAUGUAGAUAAAAUCCCAUCGCUACCAACAACAAGACCUAUUUUAAAUUCUGGGAAACAAACUCGACCACCGCUUCAUCGUGGUAGCAGUAUGCAUUUAAAAGUAAGCGGCGGUAGUAGUAAUUACACAGAGGAAGAGAAAAGGGUUUUACUUCAUAGUUCUCAUAUCAACGAUCAUGAAUUCGUACCCUUUAUGAGUAUUGAUCUUACAGAAAAAUUUCAGUAUGCCAUUCCAUUUACUGAUAGAGACGGUUUGUUAGAAUUAGCACCAAAACAGAAACCUGAUUUUGCAAGAUGGUGCCGACCGGAAGAGCUAUUUUCUGAUCCGAAAAUGCUUAAAGGUCCUCAUGUCGAUUACUAUAGUAUAAAACAAACUGUUGUUUCUGAUUGCUCCUUGGUUGCUUCACUAGCUGUUAGUGCUCAAUAUGAAAAAAGAUUUGGACGUAGACUUAUCACGUCUAUUAUUUAUCCGAAAAAUAGAAAUAAAGAACCAAUUUAUAAUCCAUUUGGAAAAUAUAUGGUGAAACUACACAUUAAUGGCAUACCGCGGAAAGUUAUAAUAGAUGACUUACUUCCUGUAAGUCGUUACAACCAAUUACUUUGUUCCUACUCCAGCAAUCAGGGAGAGCUGUGGAUCUCAUUACUGGAGAAAGCAUACAUGAAAGUAAUGGGUGGUUAUGAUUUUCCUGGCUCAAAUAGUAAUAUAGAUUUACAUGCUCUAACUGGAUGGAUACCAGAGAGGUGGGCUAUAAGACCAGGUGAACCAGAUUUUAAUAAAGACAAUUUGUAUAAUGUUUUAUUAUCACGUUUACAUAAAGGAGAUGUACUAGUGACAGUGGCUACUGGAGAACUAUCUGAUUUAGACGCUGAUAGAACAGGUCUUGUACCUACUCACGCAUAUGCUGUUCUUAAUGUUAGAAACAUAAAUGGAGAAAGAUUGGUACAACUGAAAAAUCCUUGGUCUCAUUUACGUUGGAAAGGAAAUUAUUCAGAGCUUGAUACCAUGCAUUGGACGAACGAAUUAAAAGAAGCAUUAAAUUAUGAUCCAGAUUCUGCGUCUCAAUUUGAUAACGGAGUAUUCUGGAUUGAUUAUGAUAGCAUAUGUCGCUUCUUCGACGUGUUUUACUUAAACUGGAAUCCAGGUUUAUUUCAUUACACUUAUUGUAUUCACCAGAUGUGGAAUGCAGGAACAGGCCCGGUAAAAGAUGCAUACAAUAUAGGUGACAAUCCUCAGUUUAGUUUAGAGGUGCAAAAUAAUGUAACAGGGGUCAUAUGGAUUCUCUUAACGAGACAUAUUACGGAUAUAGCAGAUUUCCGACAGAACCAAGAAUAUAUUACAAUAUUAGUGUAUAAAAAUGAUGGAAGAAGAGUAUAUUAUCCUCAUGAUCCACCACCGUACAUUGAUGGUGUACGAAUAAAUAGUCCUCACUACCUCUGUAAACUAAAGCUAGAUGCGAAUAGUGAUUCUAGAUACACUCUAGUCAUAUCGCAGUAUGAAAAGACGAAUACGAUAUAUUACACUUUACGCGCUUACGGCACAUGUCCAUUUACAUUACGAAAGAUGCCGCAAUUAUACAAAUACGAAAAAGAGAUCACUGAUGGCCAGUGGAAAGGUGUUUCAGCUGGUGGAUGCAGUAAUCAUCCAACAUAUCAAAACAAUCCACGUUACCAAUUAGUAUUAGAAAGUUCAAACAAUAAUAAUUAUUUGUUGAUUAUAUUAAAAGGUCCUAAACAGUAUCAAAUAGGUUUUGAUAUUGUUUCGGUUGUAUUAAAUGAUCCUGACGCACCCAGCGCGUUCAAAAUGAAAAGUUCAGGACCAUUCAGGUCGGGCUUUGUUUAUCUUGAAUUAGAAGAUGUACCUGCUGGUACUUAUCAUGUUACACCAUCAACAUACAUCCCUGGGCAAGAAGGACCUUUUUUCUUAAUUUGCAAAUCAUCUUGCAAACUACAGCUUCAAAGGUUACAGUAAGAACAUUAAUUAUAACAUAAUUUACUUUUUUAUAUAUAAAUGCAUAUUACAUAGUCAUUCAUUUAUACGCAUCAAGUGUGAUAUACAAAAAGGAGCUAUAAAAUGUUUAUAUUUACUGUUACAAAAUUAUAAAUAAAUGUUGCUAAUACUAACUUA